GACAAUGUCCUCACUGGGGAAAGUCGAGGGAGGAAGUCAGGUGGCAGUGUCCUUCUUCUGGGAAGUCCCCUGGAUCGGUGCCUCUGCCCACUCUGACUGCGGUGGGGACAUGGAGACAACGCGGUUCUACCUUCUCUUCUUCCUCGUGGGGCUCUGCAGCCUCGCUGCUCCAGGCGGUAGGGGUGCCGCAGCCAAACUGAGCGCCCAGAUCCAAAGCACCCCCCAAGUGCCCUCUAUGUACCACAGCCUGGUGCUGAGCUGCAAGGUCACCGGGGACACCGGCCCCAAGGAGUUCGUGUGGGAGAAGAAAGGGAUCCACAAACCGCUGCAGAGAGGCCCCAGUGACAUCCUCCUCUUCCGCUCCUUAAAUGCAACCCACCUGGGCAUCUACACCUGCAAGGUCACCAGCCCCCGGGGCUCCGCCGUGGCCACCUACAACCUCUGGAUAAACGACCUGAAGUACAAAGUGUUCGUGUUCCCCGAAGAGUCCAACGAUUCCCUUGUGCUGGUGCAGGCGCGGCCAGAGCACCCCCUGCUCAACUUCACCGUGUGCCUGCGCUCCUACACCGACCUCACCCGGCCCUACAGCCUCUUCUCCUACGCCACCAAAGAGCAGGACAACGAGAUCGUCCUCCUCAAAUUCAAACCCACCGAGUACCGCUUCUACGUCGGGGGGAAAUACGUCGCCUUCCGCGUCCCCGAGAGCCACAUGGAAUCAGAACACGUCUGUGUCACCUGGGAGUCACCCACCGGCAUCGUGCGUUUUUGGCUGAACAAGAACCCAUGGCCCCGCAAAGGGCUGCAGAAGGGCUACGAGGUGGGCAACGAGGCCGUGGUGGUGCUGGGGCAGGAGCAGGACGCCUUUGGGGGAGGUUUUGAUGCUCAGCAGUCCUUCGUGGGGGAGAUCUCCGACGUCUACAUGUGGGACGUGGGGCUGAGCAACUCAGAAGUGAAAAUGCUCGACUACAGUGAACCCUACGCCAACCCCAUCUUCGGCUGGAGGAACUUCCCCUAUAAGAUUGAGGGUGAGGUGUACCUCGUGUCCUAAGGCUCCUGGCCACCACUGCCACCAUUUAACGCGUGCGACCCCCCUCCCUCCCCCUGCGGUCCCCUCUGCCUGACCUCCCUCCCCAGCGCCCACAUGGCAACAAAUAAAAGGAAUGGGACCGACAAGCCGCAGCAGGCAGUGCUGGGUGGAUUUUGUGUUACUGGGGGGUGGGGGCUUUGGGU